ACUCUCUUAGAACGUGGAAUUAAUUUGUUUAUGAGCCCAUCAGAUACAUAAGUAAAACUAUUGUCGUCAACGACUCUCCGAUUUAGGAUAUAAUUUUCAGCCGGGCGAUUCUUGGAUUCGAAUACGAGUCGCGUACUCAGGAUUUGACAUCUCCGAGAUCGGACCCGUACUGGUUGCUUAAAGUUCCCCUCUCGCGAUGUAUAGUUAUCCCCAUGCCAAGAGAAGCGACAUCUUCCUAUAUUCUCCCAUCUUCAUAUAUAUCACAAUGUCUAACAAUGCAAAUGGUAAAUCUGUCAAGGACCACUGGUCUUCUGAGGCAUACUCAGCAUCAGCAUCUUUCGUCCCCAAGUUGACACAGAAGGUUCUGCAAUACCUCGAUCCCAAACCGUCAGAGAGGGUACUCGACAUCGGCUGCGGCGAUGGGAAGUUCACGGGCAACUUCCUGCCUGCGGUAGCAUUCGUGCUUGGAAUUGAUUCAUCUCCUGCGAUGAUAGAGGCUGCCAAGAGGGAUUAUGGUGGGCCCAAGGCUGAAUUCAGGGUCGUUGAUUGUCGAUUCCUCGAGGGGGAGAGCUCUAUCGUUGAUGGCUCCUGGGAUAAGGUGGUAUCAAACGCUGCCCUUCACUGGAUCCUACGUGAUGAGAACACGAGAAUAUCCACUCUGCGCGGCAUACAUGCUGCUCUGAAACCGGGCGGCUCUUUCGUCUUUGAAAUGGGCGGGCAUGGAAAUGUCGCUGAGGUCGCGACCGCGAUACUCUCAGCGCUUGUCCAUCGUGGAGUCAGUAUAGAAAAAGCACGGGAGUCCAAUCCUUGGUUCUUUCCCUCUGAUAUCUGGAUGAAGCAAGCGCUUGAAAGUAUCGGGUUUGAAGUCGAGAAAAUAGAGCUCGAGUAUCGUCCCACCAAGUUAACGACGACAGCAAAUGGUAGACUGGCAGGAUGGGUGAAGUUGAUGGGUGCUCAGAUGCUGGAUGUCCUGCCUGAAUCUGAGAGAGAUAGUGCCGUGGAGGAAGUUUGUGAGAUGCUCCGUACAGCUGUCACCAGAUCGGAGGAUGGGAGUCAAUGGCUGGGAUAUGUCCGACUUCGUGGCAUUGCGAAGAAGAAUUCAUCAGGAUAGCUACUAGUGAUAUAUUCUGACUAUUCAAUGCAUAACUAUGGGCACCUGCAAGUUGUUGACUAAACACAUGUGACAAUGAAGGAAGGCUCCGCUUCCGGCACUUGCCCAUUCAUCAACACAAGGAUAUAUACCACAACAAAGGGUCAUUUAUCAAUCAGGGAGUCCAGAUGGUGCAGUGGUAGUCCACCUCCAUCUAGCUGGAGGCUCCCUGUUCGAACCUUGGAGGGGGCUCCUUGGAUUUUCGAAGAA